AUGAACAAGUCUAAGUCUGCAACGGAUCCCGUUGGUGAGUCAAAGCACGUUGGUGUGCGUUCUCUUUCCGUGUCAGAGCCAUUGGACAUUGAGCUUCGGCGGUAUCAACGAAAGUUGGAGCACCCCGAACACAUGCCCAAACGCCACGAUUCUCCGAGUGUUAUAUCUACCGCCUCCUACGAAACGUUCUAUACUAAGAAGCGGUGGAAUAAUUCCACGCAACGAAAGUCUCGAGGUCGUUCAAAACGCCGAUUCUACGAAACUUCCGUUGAACGCUUUCCUCCAGCCAGCGUCACCAAGUCUAGACUGAGAGUCAUCCAAGAAAUGCCAUUCUGGCGAUUGGAUGCCAACAGAUUCCGCAGAACAGUGAGUUCGUUUGAGACGCGAGAGAAAAGAGAAGCAAGAUGGCGUCAGUCCACUCUUCAGGAUAUGCCAUUUUCUCAUUACCCAUGGAAGAAGAUCCAUAAUCUGUUUGAAGAACCCAACUCCUCGAAAAUCGCUCGUAGACGACUCAAACACGCUCAGAAAAUGAAGUCCGUACAGUUGACAAUAGAGCAACGGCACAGAAAAGCUUCUCAGGAGAACCCUUCAACGGACCCUAAAACCAAACUGCGUCAACGUCCACACUCGACUUCGGCGAAGAUAACAGCAUUCAUCGAAGGUGGAGUGGAAAUUAUAACUGACACCAGUCUGCCGGAAGACAGCAAACUGAGUCCCUCACCUGUUAUCACAACAGAGACACCGAUUACGGCAAAACCACCGGUAGCUACAAGACCCAAGCUGGCGACUAAAUCAUCAACAUCGACAAUAUCUGGAACUACACCGAAUUCUAUCAGAACGCGAAUUGGUGGAUCUGACUGUCAGAGCUGUGAACGCAAAGCCUACCGUGCAGAAAGUGUUGAAGCUCUGGGCCAAGUGUUUCACAGUUCCUGUUUCCGAUGCGCUAAAUGCUCCCGUGUCCUCCAAAGGAGCAACUGGAACCACAAGGAGGGCAAAUUCUACUGCAAUCCCUGUCACCGCAGAUUGUCCCUGCUAACAUUCCGUCAUUAG